AUGGGAGGAGCUUGCGGUGAUGCGGUAGUCCAUCCCACAUUUAUCCGACACAUCAGGUUGCAGCAGUUGCCGGUGCUGCGACUGCUUCUGCUGUUGCUGUUGCUUGCUCGUUCCGCACAAGGCUAUUCAUAUUCGUGUGAUUGUCAUCUCCCAGUGAUGUUAUGCGUUGCGUUACUCAUCGAUAGAUUUCCUUCACCGAUAGGGUAUAUUCCGUGUUCGGCAACGAUACUUUCAAGUUUCAUCGAAUCAGUUGUAACGGAUACUGCACGAAUCGUUCCUAUAGGCAAUCACAUUUCCGUAUUUAUCCCUGCGACAGAAGACGAACGGAAGGUGAAAUUUAUGGAUGCUGCAAUGCAAACAUCGCCUGUAACGCAACUCAACAUGUCAAUAAUAGCUCGUCAAUUGCGUGAUAUGGCUGACAGGUUCGAGUACCACUACAGUGAGGAAGAACGACGCUCUGCAUGCACACCUGCACCAUCAUCGCCGCAGUCGCAGCUGCGAAGUUUGUCAUUUUCAACUUUCGUCCAAUUCAUUACAAAAAAUUUCAUCAAUGUUUUACUGGAACGAAUAUUUGAACGAUUCUAUUUGAGGAAAAAGUGA